CACAGCCGGCGGGCAGCGAGGGCGAGCUGUGUCCUCCGGACAGCCUGGGCUCGGCAGGAAGCAGCACCACACUGGCUUCAUCCGUGAUCGAGGUGGAGGCUGAGCGGGACGACCCCAGGCUGACCCCGCAGCUGCAGAGCCACCAGCAGGAGGAGGACGAGGACGAGGAUUUGGCGCCGCUCGGCCCGCCCCCCAUGCUGUCCAUCACGGAGGAGAUCCUGGAGUUCAUCAACCAGAGCAGAGCCAGGGAGGGACUCGCCGCCAUCCACGCUGGCACCACGGACCAGCGCCUGGAUCGGCCGGAAGAGAGGCCUCCGCCGGCGGACCGGUCCAACUUCACCUGCCCCCUCCCCCCGGUCACACCUGACCACGAAGCGGGAACAUCGCCGCCGCCGCCGCUGCAAGAGGAGGAGGAGGAGGCGGAGGCAGCGGUGGAGGGCGAAGCCCCCUCCGGAGAUCUAAUCCAUGAGACUUUUACUCAAGUUUCAGAUGCUACAAGUUCUGGGAAAGAAACUGAAGUGGUGAAAGAGGAAGAGGAGGAAGGCGACCGAGGCAUCGAUCCACCCAAGACAUCAGACCACCAUCCCUCCACCGCCGCCGCCGCAGACGCAGGAACUAACACGGGCAGUAAGUUACCCAAAGAAGAGGCCAAGACCUCCUCCCAAAGUCCAGACCUCCUCCACGCCCCCCUCCAGAAGAGCCGCCCCCCCACCAGAGCCUCCCACCUCACCAAGAGAGACAAGAAGAUCAUCGAGAAGAUCCGGAGCUACUACGAGGCGGCGGCAGAGGCGGAGGAGGACGAGGUGGCGGCGCUGCCGCCGGCGGCGGAGGAGGAAGAAGAGGAGGAUGAGGAGCUCGGGGACGGAGGAGCGCCGCAGAGACGGAGGGGCAGCUUCUCCCAGAUCCCCUCCGGAUUGGUCAAGGAGUCGGUGUCCCGCUUCAGCCUGAGCGACCACCAGGGGGAGCCGGAGAGGUCCAGGGAGGAGGGUCCCGGGGAGUCCUGGUACCCUCCUGGUCCCGUCCCGUCCCCCGGGGAACCGGUCAACGCCCCAACGAACCUGGGUGAGACGGAUCCUCCACCCCGAGCAGAUUCGAACCGCCAGCCGAACACAAUUCCCGAAGAAGACGGUGAGUUUCAGGAGCAAAGAACCGGAGAAGAACCGGCGGAGGUGGAGGCGGAGCCUGAGCUGGAGGCGGGGCCAGAGCUGGAGGCGGGGCCAGAGGACGCUGAAGGAACAGAGGACCAAGAUUGGAAGUCAAAAGAAGGAAUCAUCGAAGAAGACGAGACCAGCGUUGGAAACCAAUCGGUCUUCAGUCGGAGCGGGUCGGAGCCCAUCAGAACCCAAACAGAACCGCCGACAUCACCACUGCCCCAAGACGCCAAAGCCCAGAACUCUGCGUCUGGGACCAGGAACCGGGAUCUGGCGAAGCCCAGCGGGAGCCUGGACGGGCUUCCCUGCCAGAUCAAAGUGGGCCGCUGGUCCCGCCACUCCCGGAUCGUCACGGCCAACCGGGCCCUGUUCGAGAGCAUGGUGUCCGACGUGGCCGGGAUCGGCCUGUUCGAGGUGAACCCGGUGGCGGACGCCGUCCUCAUCGAGAACUCCGAACGCAUCUUGAGCAAGGUCCAAACGCUGGCCCAGAUGUACAGCGCCAAGGCCAGCACCAUGAAGGUGCCGCUGCACCAGAAACGGACCGGUUCUGCACAGAACCAGCCGUGGGUCUCGACCAGGCUGUCUGGGCGUUUCAGUCAGAACCAGAGUCAGAACCAAACCCAGGUCCAGAUCCAGAGACAGCUGGAGCUGGAAGCAGAGGUCAAGAGUGAAACCCAAACCUGCUCUGAGACCAAAGACGAGACCCAGAACGUCCCAGAAUCCAGGCAGAGAUCAGACCGGACCUGCAGUCAGAACCAGGUCCAAACCGUGGCCCGGGAGGAGAAAACAACCCUGGAGGACCGGACUGUCGAGAGGACAGAGAUUCUGGCAGAUGAUUUACGAGGGAACCGGGCCUGUGAGCCGCAGGUGUCGGGCCACCAGAACCAGGCGGGGGGGUUCUGCCUCUCCCGGCCCAGAGACUCCCUCUCCGCCGCUCCGGGACAGAACCUCAGAAACGAGUCGCUGACCCGUUUACCGGCAUCCGGCUCCUCCGCCGAACCGCCCACGGCCUCAUCAGAACCCGCCCAGAAACCCGAGGCCCCAGCGCCGCGGGUCGGGGGGGGAGGAGGAGGAGAUCCUGUUUACGCUGCUGCUGAAGAGCCUCAGGCGGCCGACGGCUCGGAUCAGAACGGAAGCUCCUCCGACCCGGCGCCGGACUCGGUCCCGGGCCCCUCCGGGUCCGAGGACCAGCAGGAAGAACCCUGCAGCGGAGACGAGGACGAGGCUCCGGGAGCGAGGGAGGCGUCUGGACCGGGUCGCGGCGCCGCUGAGCCCCCGGAGACGCCGCGGGACCAGGCGGCGAGCCCCGGCCCUCCCCGACCGCCCUCGGCGCCGGCAGACGACUUCCUCCCGACCUUCACCAGCCGGAGGCCGACCGACCUGCCGGCCGCUCUGGGGAAACGGGCGUCCUCCGACCCGUGGACCGGCGCCGCGGGACGGGACCUCAGGAAACCGGCUGAGUUGGACGCUGGAUCCUUUACGAGUGGGCCGUUCUCCAGGACACCCAGCCUUCUGAAGAGACCCAACCCCCCCACUGCCCCCUCGGCCUUCAAACCAAACCUCUCACGACGCUCCCCUUCUCCAUGCAGAGCCCCCCCCACCUCCUCGGUGCGAGCUUCUCCUUGCCCCUCGCCGUUCAGAGUCAUUCCCUCUCCGACUCCCGGUUUCACCUCCCCGAGCUGCACCUCCGCCGCUCUGUCAUGUUUAUCCCCAACUCCUUCCUCGGUUUCCUCCGUCAGAGCCCCGCCCGCCCCCUCUCCGACUCCUCCCACGUCAUCUGGGAGGCCGCCGUCGUCCAGGACGGGUCCAGCUUCCCCUCCUACACCAUCACCCUCCCUGUGCUCACCUCCGUGUCUGUCUCCCACUGCUCCACCUUCUGCCUUCACCAGAUCGUUAGCCGCUUCCUGCAUCAGCCAGUCCAUCAGUCAGAGCAUGGCUAAGAACAUCACGGCCCGGCAACAAGCCCCGCCCAUAAACACGGUCAACCAGAGCCCUUGUUCCACCCCUCUUCUGCGAAGGCGGUCGCCUUCCCCUAAGCUCCCUCUGGACCCCCAAGGCACCAGCACUCUGGCUUAUACCCAGCUGGGAUUCGCCAACGAUGGGUACCAGCCUCCUCCGAGGAGUACCCCGUCAACCCUCCGGUCCUCGUGUCCCUCACCGUCCCUCAUGCAGUCCCCUCCUCCUUUCCUUCCCGAACACUAUCCCCUCCCGCCCCAUCGCCAGCCACCCUGCUCCCCAUCCCCUUCCCCCCGACCCUCCUUCCUUCACCACAAAACCGAUUCGUCGCACAAUGCCAACAACAACAACAGUGCCAGCGGUUGGUCCCCAGGUCCCCAGAGGGCGCUGCUGGCUAACGGUGGCUCUAAUCCCGGGGCGGCGCCGCAGAGCCACAGUCCCGUGUGGUCGCCAUCACACAACCGAGUGGCCCGACCUUUUUCUGCAUCUGAACCCAGCUCGCGGGUUCAGAGUCCCUCUCCCUCGCCAACGCCGGCGUCGUUUACCCGCCUCUGCUCCCCGCCUCCGCAGCAUAACUACUCAUCCCCGUUGGCCAACAAACCUCCUCACCCUCGCUCCACCAGGGGAGGCGGUGCCAGUUCCCAAAACCCCCUAGGUCUCAGUCUGGAUCUGCCCAGGGCCUCUUCGGCAAGUUCAGGAUUCGGGACUCCUUCGUGCGUUAGCCCACGCAUCCUCUCCCCUCCUCCCAUCGGCGUGCCGGUUUGGACCAAUAAGGUGGCAACUCCUCAGCCUCGAAACCCUCGCCAUACUUCCUCCUCUCCUUCCUUUUCUGUGACCUUGGGCUCGCCGACAUCCCUCUCAGCAUCCGGUCCUCCUCCUGCCCCCCAGACCCUCCGGAGGUCCCUCUCCUCCACCCUGGCGGACCGACCCCCCAGUCCGGCCCAGAGUAGCGCCAGCGGGCAGCGCCGUUCUUGGGCAGACGGCAGCCGGAGAUCCCUGGGAUUUACCGCGAGCACCCAAGGGUCCUUCGACCAUCAGGAAUUUGGUCCGAUUAGUCCGAUAGGUGGAUGGUCCUCGCACGGCGGUUCACCGUCCUGCCUCAGCCCUCGAGCCGGGCUUCAGUCGCCACCCUCGCCCAGCAGGUUUACCCCAGGCCAGGCCACCCCAGCAGGGCACCAUUUCACCAGCGUGCCGUGGCCGGAUGUACAGGAACUAUCCUAUAAUUAUAGUGACUACCCAGAAACAGGCACAUCCACCAUCAUCCCUUCCUCCCCUGCUCCCAUGUCCCCACCUCAUCACGCCCGCCUCGCCUCUCCUGUCCCGUCAGACGCUUCCACCGACUGGGGCGACCCGGAGCUGGAGGAAGGCAACUGUCGCAGCCAGCUCAUCUGUGCUUACGUGCCCCGACCUGCCCAUGAGCAAAGACUGCCCUCCUCUUGCCUGGUUUUCUCCUCCUCAGGAAUGACCUCACCUCCACCUUUCCCCUACCAACACAACAACCUCCCGUCCCAAGUCCAGAGACAGCCUCAGGUCACCGCUACGCCUCUCGUACCCUCAAAGACCCCCCCUUUGCCCUCAGGGUCGUCCCCUCUGUCCUUUAUCAUUUCCUCUCCUACCAAUCAGGGGAACCAGAAGACCAGCUACGCCACCACCGUGAACCUCCAGAUUGCCGGAAGUGGACGCAUAACCUCCUUCAGCACAGCCCAGGUUAGUCUGACCCAGACUCUGCAGGCUGGGUCCGAGACCGGUCCAGGGGGUCCGGGACCGGGACAGCUGGUGAGACGAGUGAGCAUCAACGGACUUUCUCCUGUUCCUCAAACCUGCAACAGGAUAUGAAGGGAGGAGUGACCCAGUCGUUCCCGUCCAGUGGAUGAAAGGCCCUUCGGGGAACUUUACUGGACUUGUUCCCUCUUUGGAUGGACUUCUCAAGAGCUCAGCUUGCUGGCCGCGAUUAAGGACAGGUAUUCACUUCUGAGGUCGUUGGGGCGGCCAUGGCCCAGCGGGUCAUUUCCCCAGCCAAAUUUUCGUUAGUGGUGGUCUGGCGAAGUCUUAUGGGGUCUAAAUUAUCAUAAACAUCCCCACCACAAGAAUUUCCAGAAACCCUUGCGGGACAGAAACACAUCUCUGAUUUGGGUUAACCUGCUUUGGGUCAGGUACCUUUGGGUUCGGUUGACUUGGUGCUGAUUGGAUGUGCUGUUGCUGUAACCACCUUCAUUGUUCCAGAUAAUCACCCUAUUUUAGUUAUCUGCCCUUUGCAAAGCGGUGAAAGGGGGGCACCACCACCACCGGGUGGUGUGGACUUUGCAUGAGUGACUGGAUCUUCCUGGAAAGAACCGAGGGUGAGGUGAACCCAGUUCCAGUCCCAGUCCUCCUGGGUUUUACCCCGGACUCCCACUGAUGGAAACACAGCUAGCUUUGAUCCUCGGGCAGGACUUUGACCCGUGAUACACCCUAAUGUGGACUGACUGUGGGGACAAAACAACCGUAUGUGGGGGGUUUGGUUUGGAAAGACCAUUCAUCUAAUGUGGCACUCAUUUGCAGAUCCAAAUGUGGCAGCGUAAAGCAAACCAAAUGAUGUAUUUCGGGAAGAAAAUAUUGGAAUUCAUUCCUCAAACCGGACCUUUGACUUUGUGUUCCGUAAAAGCAAAAAAGAGAAUAAGUCAGUGAGACGGGAUCGUUCAACAGCUUCGGCUGGAAGUUGGACUUGCUCCGCCGGCAAAAGGACUUCUUGAGGGAGAGACAUUUCCCCAAAAGAGUUUUUAAACUUUUAACGUUUUAAAAAGCCAAAGGACAUGAUGUUUCUGCCGACAAUUUGGACGUCCGGCAUGAAACCAGCGCAGACUGGAAUCCCAGUCACGUUAUGCAUCAUCGUUUUCUGGCUGUGGAUGGCCCCGCGCUUAACUGUGGUCAUUAAUAAUCCGUAUCUUUUUAACCAUUCUUAUCCAUUUCUUUAAUUUUAUUGUUUAUUUAUGAAGUUAGUCUCAUUAUUUUUGGCACUUAGUACCCUUAAAAGUUGUCUUGGUCUUUUUUGCACAGUGUCCUCAGCUCUCGGGUGUGUGUUUUUUGGAGCGUAUGCGUAAUUAAAUGUGUGUUUUAUUUGAAAUGACGUGUCUGCUAAGUUCCCAUUUGACUUCGGACAAAGCUUUAAUCUGCAGUUUUCUUUCUUAAAUCCCAUAUUCGUUCUCAUUUUAAUCCACUUCCGCUCGGCAGAGGUCGGUGUCCCUUCAGAAACCUCCCUGACAUCUGGGUUUCAGUUCAAGUAAAAGGUUUGUUCCUGCCAUGUCAACAGCUGGAUCCCAGAGGUUGGUAAUAGAGCGUGAUGUGAGAUUGAUGUUUUAUGGAAACUGGUUGUUUUUUUUUUUUUAAAAGGGAUAAAUGAAUUUUCAUCUGGUAACCAUGACGAUCAGUGAGAUGUACGGGAAAAUAAAGGUGUGGUCCAAAACCAAA